AUGGCAGAGAUUCUGAGCUAUGACUUCCAUACGUACUGGCGGGACACCAGUGCCCAGGAAAGAAGAUUUUGCUGGGAGUUCAGGGAAAAGGUGUGUUUGCAUUUCGCCAAAGAAAUCCAGCAGGGCCUUCUCAGAGUGCAUAAAUUCUGGGAUCGCCCCGUGGGGCCACACCCGAUCCACAUGUGGGAGCUUGAUACUGCGGGGAGAUACGACCCCGAACUUUUCGCCAGAGUUUUGGCGUUCUACCAAUUGAACCAUGGGAAGCUUUCGGUGUUGAUCCACCCGCACACCAGCUCUGGCAUGGUGACGGACCAUACAGAGUACGCUCUUUGGUUGGGCCAGAAACAAAGACUCAUCCUCGGCCUGUUUUGA